AUGAUUCAGAACGGGACGCUCUCAGGGCCGACGCUCGACGACGAGUUCUUCGGGCUGCUGAACCCCGACCUCAUCCCUCGCAGUUACAUCGAGCAUGCCCUGGAACGUCUCUCUCAUUCGAAGACCUGCUGUUUUACUCCUGCAAGGUGGCUGCGUGAGCAGUACGAGGAGCUUCGGGAAUCAAAGCUUGAUACGAUAUCGGUCAGGAUUUCUCUGCGGGCCGGCUUGGUCUACGUCUACCGGGCGCACAUCACCCCUUCGAAGGUUUACUUCUACGGACCAGAGGUCAACGUCUCCAACCGGGUCAUCCGUCAUUAUAAGGACGACCUGGAGAACUUCAUGCGGGUCUCCUUCGUCGACGAGGACGGAGAGAGGAUGCGGUCCGAUGACUUAUUGCCGCGCGUGAUCUGUGAAUCGGCCGACAGGCAUACGGACGUCUAUCGGAGGAUACUGUUCACUCUCAAGAACGGCAUAGCCGUCGGGGGGAAGAGGUUUGAGUUUCUGGCCUUCUCUUCCAGCCAACUGAAGGAGAGCUCCACGUGGAUGUUCGCCUCCAGGCCGGGGCUCUGCGCCGCCGACAUUAGGAGAUGGAUGGGCACCUUCAGCGGCAUCAGGAACGUCGCCAAACACGCCGCCAGGAUGGGCCAGUCUUUCGGCUCGUCGACCGAGACCCUCGCCGUCGGCAAGCACGAGUUCGAGAUGAUCCCCGACGUGGAAAAUGAGGCGGGUUAUCUGUUCUCCGAUGGGAUCGGGAAGAUAUCGGCCGCAUUCGCUAAGGAGAUCGCCGAGAAGUGCAACCUGAGGAUCUUUACACCGUCGGCCUUCCAGAUCAGGUACGGCGGCUUCAAAGGCGUCGUCGCCGUGGACCCGACCUCGAGCGUGAAGCUAUCCCUGCGGAAGAGCAUGUCCAAGUUUGACUCGAACAACACGAAGCUGGACGUCUUGGCCUACAGCAAGCCUCAGGCCUGCUAUCUCAACCGCCAAUUGAUCACCCUCAUGUCGACCCUUGGCGUCAGAGACCAGGUCUUCGAGACGAAGCAGAAGGAGCUCGUCGCGCGGCUGGACGAGACUCUGACGGACCCGGUGAGGGCCCUUGGGGUUCUCGACGCCAUAAAUCAGGGGGAGAUGGCGGGCAUCCUCAAGGAGAUGCUCUCCUGCGGGUACAGCCCGCGCGGGGAGCCCUUCCUGUCCAUGAUGCUCCGAACAUUCAGGGAAUGCAAGCUUCUUGAGCUGAGGACCAGGAGCAGAAUCUUCAUCCCCAUGGGGAGAUCCAUGAUCGGCUGCAUGGACGAGACCCGCACGCUGGAGUACGGUCAGGUGUUUGUCCAGGUUUCUUUUCCCGGCGAGGGGGGCCUGCAGAUGUUCAGCGAGAGAUCCGGCAGCGGCGGCGGCGCCGGCCGUGUCGUCGUUACUGGAAAGGUGAUAGUCUCCAAGAACCCCUGCCUCCACCCCGGCGACCUCCGCACCCUGCUCGCCGUCGACAUCCCAGCCCUGCGCCACAUGGUCGACUGCGUCGUCUUCCCGCAGAAAGGAAAGAGGUAUUGUAUAUACAUAUAUGGAUGAUUUCUCGUUAUUCCUUUGUUUUUUAAUUCGUCCCUCGUUUCGAUUUAUAUAAUAUCUCUGAAAUCCGUCGACCACUGUGUUAUUGCAGGCCACAUCCAAAUGAGUGUUCGGGGAGCGAUCUGGACGGAGACGUCUAUUUCGUGAGCUGGGAUCCCGAGCUCAUCCCCACUCGCCAGGUUCCGCCCAUGGAUUAUACGCCGGCUCCACAGAACAUCCUUGAUCGUGACGUCACGAUUGAGGUAUCAUCUCUCAUCGUUUCUGGCUUUUUCUAUGCGUUGUGGAGUGGUACAGAAAAGAGUUUAUUUUUUGUGCGAUCUUCUGGUGCGCAGGAUAUGCAAGAAUACUUCACGAAUUACCUGGUCAACGAUAGCCUGGGCGUCAUCUCAAAUGCCCACACGGUCUUCGCGGACAAGGAGCCGAGAAAGGCCGAAAGCGACCCAUGCUUAGAGUUGGCAAAGCUGUUCUCGAUCGCCGUUGACUUUCCCAAGACGGGGGUCCCGGCGGUGAUCCCAACGCGCCUGACGGUGAAGGAAUACCCGGACUUCAUGGAGAAGCUCAACAAGCCCGCCUACGAGUCGAAGCGAGUAAUCGGGAAGCUCUUCAGGGCGGUCAGGGACCACGAUCCUUCGGCCCUCCCGAUGGAGUUCACCCGAAGGGACGCCGCGAGGUGCUACGACCGGGAUAUGGAGGUCAACGGCUUCAGGGACCAUCUCGAGGACGCCUUCUUCUUCAAGGGGCAGUACGACUUCAAGCUGGGCAACCUCAUGGACUACUACGAGAUAAAGACCGAGGCGGAGAUCCUCAUCGGGGGUGUGACGAAGGUUUCCAAGGCCUUCAACAGGUACAGGGACGGCGAGGUGGUCCGCCUUGCCGUGAAGUCCCUGAGGAGGGAGACGAGGGGCUGGUUCAACCGGCGGGGCGGCGCUCGUGAGGACGUGGAAGACUACGAUCUCUCGCUGGCGAAGGCAUCGGCUUGGUACCACGUGACCUACCACCCGGAUUACUGGGGCUGCUACAACGAGGGCCUGGCCCGUCCGCACUUUCUCAGCUUCCCCUGGUGCAUCCACGAGAAGCUGGUCGUCAUCAAGCAGAUGAACGCCGGUCGCUGGUCGGCCGAGCAGCUGUCGGCCAGGCUGGCGGCGUCCCUCGGGAUGCGGCCUUGA